AUGGAUACCAUCAACCAAUAUGUCUCCGCUGCCUCCACUGCAUUGUGGGGCGAGAACGCGGAGUCUAAGAAUGAAAAUGUUGCACAUGGCGAUGAGCCCAUUUCAGGUGUGCAAGGCAAAGGAAUGGCCAGUGACCCCUAUGAUGCUGGAAACCGUGACGAACAACCCGAUGCCCCCAAAUCUGAUAUCAACACUGUUCCACAAGAACCAGAAAUCGGCGGCAUACCUUUGAUGAAGGCUGACCCUUCUGUGGGAGAUACCACCUUCGGCGCUGUCUCUGUCCCUGGUGCAUCUGGAUCUGGCCUCAGUGACUCGUCUAUCCCUAAGCUCGCUGAAACCCAAGCCACAGAGCAGCGCAGUACAAAUGAGAGUGCAGUUCCCAAGACCCAAGAGCUAGGAAACAAAGAUCAAGACACUGCUGAAAGCAAAACUGUUGAAAGCAAAAUUGCGGAAAGCAAACUUGCUGAGAAGAACAUUACUGAAAACAAGACUGAUGCGGGCAACAUGGCUGAGGAUAAGGUAGAUAACGCUGAGAGCAACGUGGCCGAAAACAACGAUGAACUCCCUGCUCCACCACACAAUAAGGACGUCAGCGAGGAAGCGCUGAAAGGCCCACAGGGACCGGCGCCUAAGGCUGCAGAGCAGUUCGAGAAAGAGGAGAAGAACAAGCAAAAGAAGCCAGCUGAAUCUAGAUCUAGCGGGGACAGUGACCCAUCUUCAAAGAGCAGCGACAAAGCUUCUAACGGAAGCGGAGAUAAAAAGCACGGUGCCAUGGCGAAGGUGAAGGAAACCUUGAAUAAGGUUGCUCACCCACGCCACGGGAACAACAAGGAAUAA